AUGGCUCGUACUAAACAAACCGCUCGCAAAUCCACCGGAGGCAAGGCUCCAAGGAAACAACUCGCAACCAAAGCUGCUCGCAAAUCUGCUCCGGCCACCGGAGGAGUGAAGAAGCCACACAGAUUUCGUCCAGGAACCGUUGCUUUGAGAGAGAUCAGGAAGUAUCAGAAGAGCACUGAGCUUCUCAUCAGGAAACUUCCAUUCCAAAGACUUGUUCGUGAAAUUGCUCAGGAUUUCAAAACAGAUCUCCGAUUCCAAAGCAGUGCUGUCUCUGCUCUUCAAGAAGCUGCUGAAGCUUAUCUUGUUGGUUUGUUUGAAGAUACUAACUUGUGCGCCAUUCACGCAAAGAGAGUUACUAUCAUGCCUAAGGAUAUUCAACUUGCUCGCAGAAUCAGAGGAGAGAGGGCUUAG